AUUUUGAGUGAUCACAACAAAGUGCGGUAGCACCCGACGACACACGACCAAUUUUCUCCCGACAAAAAAAAACACAUCGACGACUUUCACACUUUGGUGUUUGUGGACGAGACAGAGAGCGGCGAUUCUUAGAAUCAGUUAACAUUGCAUUUCAUUCAAGCCAAUUAUUCCCAUGAUGACUUCGUUAACGUCGGAACAGAUUGCGAUAAUUCAAUCAACAUGGGCCAUUCCAGCGCAAAAUGCAAUUGAUUCGGGUGAAGUCAUUCUGCUCGCGUACUUUGAAAAAUAUCCAAAAAAUCAGGAAAAAUUCAAUUCGUUCAAAAAUACACCGUUGCUCUCGCUAAAGGGAACUCCUGGUUUUCGCACCCAUGCGGGACGAGUGAUGGGCGUUUUUCAAGAAGCGGUAUCGAGUUUAAGCAACGAAAAUUAUGUCGAUGAACUAGAGCGAAUUUGGAUCAAAAUCGGUGAAUCGCACAAUCGACGAAAAAUCUCGCGUCAAUCAUUCGAGGAACUACGGGAUGUGAUUGUCUCGGUGUUGAUGCAAGUCUGCUCUUUGGACGAAGCUGGAAAAACGGCAUGGAGUUCAUUAAUGGAUAUUAUAUACCACAUCGUAUAUUCGAAAAUUGACGAAAAAAUACCCUAUUAGCCACACACGCACACGCACACAAUUUCUCCUUGCUUUGAAUCUCUAGCUUUGAAACUCGUUGUAAAAAAAAUAAAUGUACCGGUACACACACAUAGAGAGAAAGAGUGAAGAAAUUUAUUUAGUUGUUUCCUAAAAUUAGCUUCAGUUCUUUUGAUAAAUGCGCAUUGAGAUUCUAAUUCUAAACUCUAAAAUGUAGGCUAACUCGUUUCAUGGUGGCGGUGAUGGAUUACUAAACAGCAAAACUCAAUGUUCGAUUUUCUCGAAAUAUAUGUUUUAAGUAAUGACGAUCAAUCAAUAUUAAAGAUCUAUCCUUAACAAGUAAUGAUGUAACAUGGUUUAUAUAACACAUCCCGAAUAUAUUGGACGAUAUAUAAAUUUG